AUGCCGCCCGGUAGUACCACUACCGGCGCGGCUGCCGGCGCCUCUCUGCUAUCACAACCACUGGAAAUCUCGACCAAGGCGAGAAACGGCGACUUCGCUUACCAAUUGCUACGCUCCGGGGAAGUGGUCCAUGAUCGCGACACAUUGACCAUUAGCCUACGCCACGAAGACGGUGGUGAGCCCUUUUUGUGCAUCUCUUCCUACAAGAAGACGUCGCACAAUGCUGCGAAGUCCGAGCGCAAGGCUAAGGUCGUGCAAGCUAUGGGCACUGAUGGUCGUCUAAGCCAGAGUCGGUUGGCAAAGAUGCUAUUGCCACUCUUUCGCCUCCACAAUUGGCCCGACUACGACAAGGCUGUCGCCAUCACAUAUGGUCCCAUCGCCAUCGCGGUCUUCAACACUCUCGACUUCGAUGACACUACCCAUCUGAAUGUGUUGCAGGUUAUCAAGCUGGACGGGCUACAGGAGCACCAAAUCACAGGCUUCAAUCUGUGUAGCGAGUCACCGCUGCCGGGUCAAGGCCCCUGCAACUUCGGCACAGUCAUCCUGGAUACAUUGAAGCACGAUACUCCGGAACUCUUUCCUGAGCUCGGUGAUGAUGAGGAGCACUUCGAGGCUUGUCUAGAGAGUGAAGACAUCGACGAGAUCCUUGACGGCGAAGGAAGGAUUGAGUUUGGCUAUGAGUGGUACGAGAAGAAGCAGACUGCUGCAAACCCGAUGCUGGACCGGCGUCUCAAGGUCUUGCAGCAAAAGGCGGAUGCGAAGGUCAGUCCUCCACAGGCAGAGGCGACACGAGCGACCCCAACUUCUGCUUUGGUUGACGACAAGUCAGCUAAGGAGCACGAAAAGGUCAUCGUCGCCAACGAGCAAGACGCACUGCCAUCACCGGAUGCUCAGCCUCCGGCAGCAGCAGAGCCGAAGCCAGAGGUACAGCAGGAGCAAAAGAGCUCGGAGAACAAGAGUGGGAAGGCGCCGCUCUGCGAUCCUCCAGCUCCAACAAACAAGAAGCGCGUUGCUAGCGAGGCAGGCGUGGAAGAUCAGCCGGCGAACAUGCGCUUCAAAGAUGAUGAGCAAAUCGGAGCGCCAGGUGUUCGAGCUGGAGGCUCAGCUUUACGAUGCGCUUUUCGGGCCUGA